AUGUCUCGUCAAUUCUUCGUCGGUGGUAACUUCAAGAUGAACGGUACCAAGGAGUCCGUUAAGAACAUCGUUUCUGGCUUGAACUCUGCUGACUUGCCUAGCAACGUCCAGGUUGUCAUUGCCCCACCAGCUACUUACAUCGCUGUUGCCGUUGCUGAGAACAAGCAGAAGACCGUUGCUGUCUCUGGUCAGAACGUCUUCAACAAGUCUUCUGGUGCUUACACUGGUGAGAUUUCCCCAGAUCAAUUGAAGGACUUGGGUGCCACCUGGACCUUGACUGGUCACUCUGAGAGAAGAACCAUCAUCAAGGAGAGCGAUGAGUUCAUUGCUGAGAAGACCAAGUUCGCUUUGGAGCAGGGUCUUUCUGUUAUCUUGUGCAUUGGUGAGACCUUGGAGGAGAGAAAGGCUGGUGUCACUUUGGAGGUCUGUGCCAGACAAUUGGACGCUGUCUCCAAGAUUGUGUCUGACUGGUCUAACAUUGUUGUCGCUUACGAGCCAGUCUGGGCCAUUGGUACCGGUUUGGCUGCCACCCCAGACGAUGCUCAGCAGACCCACAAGGACAUCAGAGCUCACUUGGCCAAGACCAUUGGUGAGGACGCUGCUAAGAAGAUCAGAAUCUUGUACGGUGGUUCUGUGAACGGUAAGAACGCUCCAGAGUUCAGAGACAAGGCCGACGUUGACGGUUUCUUGGUUGGCGGUGCCUCCUUGAAGCCAGAGUUCGUCGACAUCAUCAAGUCCAGAAUGUAA